AUGUCUGAUAGCAGUCUCUCCACCCCUCUCGAUCUCCUCAGUACUCCCCCCAGGAGCAGGUCUAACAGACCCCCCGGCCCUGUGGAUGCAGCCAAGCAAAGGAACCCACUGGAGGAGGGGGAGGGGGAGAGGGAAAAGGUUCGAUGGAAUCCAUUAACAUGGGUACAAAGUUUGUCCACUUCAGCAACUGAGAUUAGAGGUCGUGCUUACUGGGAGGGCCUGUCACAAGAUGACAAGAGAAAGCAAUACACAUGCAGUCGCUACGUUACUCUUGAGGACAUUAAAUCAUGGCAGCAACAACUGGACAUACAAGUUACACUGAGAGGCCCCGCCCGCUUUGCUCCUGACUCCACCCUCAAUAGCAAGGUCUCCUUGUGGCGAGGAGAUAUUACUAGUCUAGAGAUUGAUGCUAUAGUGAAUGCUGCAAACUCCUCCCUCAUGGGAAGGGGAGAUGUGGACAGGGCCAUCCAUAGAGCAGCCUCAGGGUCAUUGAAGACAGAGUAUCGCAGCUUGGGGAGAGGCAGAGCAGGGGAGACCAAGAUCACUGGAGGGCAUAGGUUGCCAGCAAAGUAUAUCCUCCGCACUGUGGGCCCCACAAACAGGAGCAGAGAGACACUCACGAACUGUUACACGUCUUGUUUUCAUCUGGUGAAACAGAAACAGAUAAAAUCAGUGGCAUUUUGUUGCAUAGCCACUACAGUCUGUGGGUAUCCUAACGAGGAGGCUGCCCAUGUUGCCCUGGCAACGACGAGAGAAUGGCUAGUACAUAAUGCUGACAAGGUGGAUCGAGUCAUCUUCUGUGUUUUCCUAGAGGUAGACUACAGGAUAUAUAGCAGGCUACUUCAUGAUUACUUCCCACGAGAACAACUGGAGGCAGCAAAUGAGGAAUUUAGUGUUGAGGAGGCAGCAAACAAUGAAAUGGAUGACCCUUGGCCUCCACCACUGUUUCGCAGUAUAACUGAACCUCCUACAGGAACUCAGCCGAUGAUCGCGAAAGAGACCAGUGUGGACUCCCCUCAGCCAAUGGACACCCUCAAUAGUGACCCCACCCCUGAUCCGACCUCUUACCCCACCCCUGAUCCUACAGAUGACAUGGGAUCAUCUGCUCAACCAGUGAGUACAGCUCUUCAAUGGCUAACAGACAAAUAUCAGCUCACUACUUCCCAAAUCAACGGGGAAAUCCAGCGAGAAGAUGUAUCAUAUUUGGCUGCCUGUUUUGAUAAUGUGGAGUACUAUGUUGACGCCCUGGGCUUAUCGUCUGGAGAACAAACUGAUAUCAUAAAAAAAACAGAUAAUCACGCAGCCAUGAUCAAAUGCUUGAAAAUCUGGAAAAGUAAGAAGCUGUCACAAGCAACAUUCAGGGCCCUUCUGGUGAUGUUAGUAAAGCUGAGGAAAGGGGCGAUUGCUGACCACGUCUGUCAGUACAUAAAGGAAAUUCCAACUACAUCUGUUGGGGAGCGACACACUACUGGACAUGCAGCUCUGCAACACACUACUGAAUUAACGUACACAGACGAGUGCAAAGACGAACAUAUAUUUGACAUUUCACAACAGAUGGUAAACUGGGUAUUGGUAGCAGCGCGGCUGGGAUUAACGGCAGCUGAGAUUGAAGUCAUCAAAUAUGACAAUCAGAGUAUACAGGUGAAGAGACUUAGCACUCUUCAGAAAUGGAAAUCUAUGGCUCUACUCAGUGGAACAUGUACAGCUACAUAUCAAGUUCUACUACAAGCUUUGGUGGAUUGUGGCUGCAAUGACGCGUGCUCAAUACUCAAGAAUUUUUUAUACCCAAAACUAUGAUUAUUUGUUUGUGCCUUUGUUUGUUUGUUUAUUUGUUACUUCCUCUGAUUUUUAUGCAUAAUUAUAAGGAAAAGGGUCAACUAUCAAUCUACAAAU